AUGCUGCAGGCCGGUCGCACAGCUUUCAUGCAGGGGAAGCUAGAGGAGGCGCUACAAGCGUUCACGAUGGCGUUGGAGGAGGAGGAGGCGAAGGAGGUGGUCCACGGGAACCUGGCGCUAUGCUGUAUCAAGCUCGGAAGGUAUCAUCAGUCGCUGGAGCAUGCGAUCAGGAGCACGGAGCUGAAUCCUCGAUGGGCUAAGGGAUGGGCGAGAAAGGCAUCAGCGCACCUUUCAUUGGGUGACCUCGUUGAAGCGGAAGCAGCGAUUGCAAGAGCAACAUUGCUACAGCCGGACGACAAGGAUUUUGCGAAGCUGAGGUCAGAGAUCGAAGGUGCGAGCAGGAGGGAGGCAACGACGCCUCAAGUGAAGGCACGAGCUUCUUGCUCAACGAUGGUAGUGAUAGCAGAGCAGGAGCUAGACAAGCACGUUCCUCUGCAGACUCUCUUCCAUCAUGCCACCCAUGAUCCUCCCGGCUCCUCAAACCUUCUCAUCCUCCUGCACGGGCUCGGCGACUCACACGAGCCAUUCCUGAGCUUCGGGAAAAAGCUCGAGCUGCCCAAGACAUCUGUCAUGGCGCUGCGAGCUUGCGACUCACUUCCUCUCGCCAUGGGCUUCUCCUGGUUUCCCGUGUUCGAAGCCGAUGGCAACAUGAUCGUGCCAAGUCGAACUGAGGAGCGAAGGACGAGGGGACUGAAGAGCACGCUUGACAAGCUCGAAGUCUUCCUGAGGAGAGUGUGGCAACAGGAGAAGUUCAAACCCAAGAGCACCUUUAUCUUUGGGUUUUCACAGGGAGCGAUUGUUGCGGUCAAUGCUGGGCUGAGGAUGAACCUUGGGGGGGUUGUGGGAGUGAGCGGGAGUUUGAUACAGGAGCAGCAUGACAGAGGCUGGGUAGAGGAGGAGACGAUGGAGUGGAAGGAGUACAACAAGGGUCACGACAUGGUUCGCCAGCAGGAGGAGGUGAGGGACUUGAUGUCGUUCUUUGCAAGACAUUUGGUCUUGCCCAUGGACCCGCAGGAUCUGAGAUCUUCGAACCUGGCAAGCCGAGAAGAUGUAAAAGAGUCCCUUGAGGUCAAAGACCCGGCGAUCAUCCAGGCCAUCCUGAUGAGGAACUCAAUCUCAUGA